GCGACGAUUGUAUAUGGUAUUUUGAUGUUAAACGCUUUUGGGGAAGGGUUGAAGAAAUUUUUUGUUAAAUCGUCUGCAAAGCCAAAUUCACCGGAUGAAGAGGCGAAUAUUGAAACACAGGAUAUCGUUAGUUCACCUAAAAUGAAAGUGCUAAUUGACGACUAA